AUGACUUCCAAAAACUCAGAACUCGCCGACAAGUUAGGCAGGCUGGACCUCAAAGACAGAAAAAUGCCUUUUCUACGACGCAAAAGUGAAGGUGAAAUCAACCUCUCGGGGAACAUUUCAAAUGAUGAUUUAGCGCUCGAUGACGUCAAAAGAUACGGCUUCGAAGGCAAGCCAUCGGCUUUGGCUUAUGAUCCCGUACAGUCUCUUGUUGCGGUCGGCACAAAUGAGACCGAUGCCUCGCCCGGUUCUAUCUACAUCUUUGGACGCAGCAGAGUAUCUAUCAGAUACAACUUACCAAGGAAAACUUCGGUAAAAUAUUUACGGCUACACGAUGACAGACUGUUCGUUAUCGAUAGCAAGCAUGAACUACACCAUUUCAAUCUUUCUACGCAUGCACUCGUGUGCUCGUGGUCCCCGCCAGGAGCCGUCUCGGCAAUCUGUACCGAUCCUGCCUCAGAUUUCAUCUUCCUCGGACUACAAAAUGGAGAGAUCGUGGUCUUUGAUGUUGAUGGGGAUAUAGCAGCUCCUUUCAAAAUUCCAAACCUAUGGAGGGAACACAGCCCGAAGGCGGUUUCCCUCCCUGUUGUUUCUAUCGCCAUGCACCCUAGAGAUCUAGGUACUCUUUUAAUUUCGUAUCUCGAGGGCGCCUUGUUGUUCUCUUUGAAACAAAAUAAAGCUACUUUCACGAUGAAGUUCGAAUUGAAACCCGGUGCACCUGGCUCAGAUCUAGAUGCUGCGACCAUAAAAACCCUUCGGAAACCAAAGCUUUCAAAUGCUAUAUUUAACCCUAGCGGUACAACCGUUUUGACGACAUACGAAGAUGGAUGCAUUGCUUUCUGGAGUACAACUGACGGAAGAUUAUUGACUGCAAGGACGCUACAAGACUUCGAUGUUCACCUACCAGCUCCCAUAAUGGCUGGGUUUGGUGGCGGGCCUGCAUUAGGUGCUGCAUUCACACUCCGAGAACCCUUCCACAAAGUCGCAUGGUGCUGCUCGAACAAUAUCGACGACACAUGUCUGCUGGUUUCAGGUGGUAACAAUGUUGGAAUGGCUGCAAAGGGUCUAACGUUGAUCGAAUUCGGAGUCGCACCGAACAAUAUUACUUCCUCUUGGAAACAAAUAACUGAGCACCUAGGGAAUCCCAAGCGACAGCGAUUUCUGCCAGUCCCACAUAAUAUCGACGUCGUUGACUUUUGCAUGUUGCCGAAGACGUCCCCAUAUCACGCUGGUUCGCACGACCCGUCUGCUGUCAUGGUCCUGUUCACUAAUGGUGAUAUUGCGACCCUUCGAUAUCCAGACGGCGAAUAUUUGUCGCCCGCUGGCAUGAUGCAUCCCAGUAUGGCUAUGGUUCAUCCGAAGCCAUUCUCUAUGGAGAUUGCUCCUAUCAGCCGCGAGAAAUGGCUUGGUAUGGUGGCCAUCCGAGACAAGCCGGCAGAGUACUUUAAGGGAGGCGCCGACGCUAAGAGGAUGACCAGAAGAUACCAAGACAGAAGUAUCGCUUGUACUAUUCACAAAGAUGCAACAGUCAGGGUUUGGGAUCUCGGUCACAACGAUGAUAUCGAGAACCCAGAGGCUUUGGAGCUUGAUGUUGGUGUUGUAGUUGGCAAACCCGGCUCCGUUAAGGUCUCGGCUGUAUCUGCAUCUCAGGCAACUGGGGAGAUGGCAGUUGGAUUGGAAUCCGGUGAAGUAGUGAUCUAUCGAUGGGGUCGCAACAAGAGCUACAAAGGCAAUCUCCAGAGCCCUACAAGCCCGGCCGUAGGAAUGACAUCCUCUCCUUUUGGUCAGCUACGAGACAUUGCAAGCCAGGCAGAUCCAACCCUGAAAGAAGGUCUCCUACCACUGUAUCUUAUGGAUGCCGGAUCUGGAGGUGUCAAGACUACAGCUGUCAGUGAUGUCGGUUUCGUCGCCAUUGGCUAUGACAGCGGUACUCUAACCGUCGUCGAUCUUCGGGGCCCCACGGUUAUAUACUCCAUCGUUAUUAGCACUGUCACCAAGGAUGUUAAUCGCAUUAAGGAAGUUGCCAAAGCGGCAGCAAAACGAAGCAGCUUAACCUCGAUUGCGAAAGAUAUCAAGCGAGGCAGUGUGGCGGUCGCCAGUUUUUCGAAGGAACUCCCCUCACAGGCAAAACGCACUAGUUUCCCUGGCUUUAGGAAAUCUGGCUCUCUUAGCAGUAGCAGUAGCAGCAUUAAGGAGGAGAAAGAAAAGGAAGAUAAGACUGAAUAUGUUACUACUAUGGCUUUCUCCGUUAUGACUAUUGGAGAAGAUGAAUUCUCUAGCAUUUGCCUUCACGUCGGAACCAACCUCAAGAAUGUUAUGACAUUCAAGAUUCUACCCGAGGGUUCCCGAUUUACCGUUUCGUGUGCUGGAGGACACCCGAUCGACAACCCACCGCUCACAUUAAUUCCUAUCAACUCCGAAACUGGAGCUUCAGCACGUGCGACACCAGAUGCUGUUGCCGGCUUACGGCAAGGACAGUUCGUCAACGGCUUUAUUAUUUGUGUUACAUCCAACCAGGCCAGAAUUAUCAUACCUCCUGAGGACAAGGAGAGCCACAAGUCCUGGGACGAAAUGACCUGUGUGCAAGCAGGGGUGGCUGAGCUUCCUGAUAAGGGUAUUGUCUUGGUUUGUGUGUAUACCACUGGCAAAGUUAGAGUAUUCUCGAUUCCAGCAUUGAAGGAAAUCGGAGUUUUCGACUUACCUGCCGUCAUUGAUCGCACCAAACUGUCGAACUGUCGAAUUACCCGGGAAGGUUUUAUUUCCGCGUGGACCAGUCAUGUCGAGUUCGGAUUAUUCUACCUGUGGGGAACAGGCAAGCAACUUCACGCCCAACCUAAGGACAUCCUCUAUAACCCAGACAUCGCAGUCCCAGCCCGCCCUACUAUCAGCGGUCUUCAAUGGAUUAGUGGAACGCAGCACAUCUCAGCCGACGACUUCGACAUUCUCAUCGGCGGUCCAGAUCGCCCACCAUCCCAGAAACAAAUCAAGGCACAGCAGAAAGCCAACGGAGGCGACAAGAGUCCCGCAGCAACUAAUGGCAACAGCGUCUUCGGUAAUAUGGCGAAUGCUUUCAACGCCCGAACCCAAAAUCUACAAAAUUUCCAGGAUAAUAUGCAGAAUCUAGAAAAUACUACGGCGGAGUUUGCAAAGGCUACAAGUAAAUUUAUCGAAAGCCAGAAGCGUAAGGCUGUUUUAGGAGGAGCGAAGAGUUUGUUCUAA